AUGGAUCCCUUAUCAAUUAUAGCCAGCAUUGCUGGUAUAGCGACAGCAGGAGCCCAAUUAUCAAAUACCCUUUUCCGUGUCUACAAAACAGUCCGUCAUGCUCCACGAGAGAUUCAGGCCGUUGCAAUCGAGAUGUCAGACUUGUCUAUCACACUGGAACAUUUGCACGAAAUCCUGGAAACAGGGAAACUGCACGCAAAACCAUCAUUGUUCGAUGCUGUCAGACAUGUCGUCAAGAACAUUGAGGCAACCCAACAAGAGAUCUUCAAGAUGGUCACGGAUAACACCAUCAUUGUCAGAUUAAAAUGGCUCAAGGCUGCGAAGUACUUGUCUGAAAUUGACAAGCAAAAGGUCACUUUGACGCUGCAGAUUACUAUCCUUUCUGCAGCCAUUUUGGUCAAAUCUGAAACUAAAUCCUCUUCAGUACAUGAAAAAGUCGACAACAGGUUUAGACUACAAGCUGAGAGUCUGAUCCAAACUGGCCAAGCAUCACUUCAAAGAGACAGCAUGCAACAGCGUCAAAUACCUCGACCCCCUCCAGAAAGGGCACCAAGUCCACCGGUUCGGACCGCCAAAAGACUCCCAAGUCCAGUCCGCCAGUCCUCUAUCCCUGGUCAUGUACGGCCUGAAGAGCUAUAUGGCCAGUCGAGCACGGCUGGAGAUAACCUUGAUGUUCCAAAACAAGACGAGGAAACCAACUCCGCUAUGGUCAGGCGCGAAAUGACGCGCGAAAGUACACGCCCACCUGUCAAUGUCCAUGCUACGUCUGAAGACGACACACAGGUAGACUAUGGAGAGGAUUGGGGAUAUCAAAACAACCGCGGAAGAACAGAAGGCUAUGAUCCACUCGCUGGCCGAGUUGCUCAAUUUGGGCACCAGUUUCAUUUGCAAGGCGACGCAGCCACAUUCCUGUAUAAACUCGUCUUCAUGACAGAGAUGGUGAAGCAUGGAACGACCCCUAAAGUUCCAAGUUCUUCUGGCGCCACUCGAGGGGGCUUGCAUACUGAAUCGUAUUACUCCGAUGAUGACUAUUCAGAUGCGGAUGGCUUUCAUACAGGAAAUGAUUCAAACUAUGGGGAUGAAACGAACGUCCCUGAAAGGUAUGUGUAUCGAAGGCCCGAGGAGCCUGCAAGAGUGGUCAACCAACUCCUUCUAGCCUGGACGUCUCUGAGCCAGAGUGAGAUUGAGAAAGGUAUUGCGGAUGAGCAGCCAACCACAACACAAAACUCUUCUUCCAAGCAUGCCUAUGUUGAGAGUGAUGAUGAAAGCGAAGACGACGAUGUGAAGAUUUCACAGGGAAGAAGCAACUGGCCCCACCGAGAAGAAGACUCAGUGCCUUCUCCGAAUUAUAUGGGUCAAAGGGAAGAGACACUUUUAUUAGGUGAUUUUCAAGGGGAAGAGAUACCACGGGCAAAUAGUCCUCGCCAUGUCAAGUUUCGUCCUCUCGAGCAGACUAAUAUGCAAGGACCCCAAGAGUAUGACAACUUUCAGUCUGGGACAACCGCUCCGUACGACCCACGUAUGGCACCGUUCAACCAUCAACAGCCUAACCACCAGCUCUACGAUCCAUGGGGUUACCCGUAUGCAGCUCCAGCUUGGCAGCCUCUAACAACACCGCCUCAACCAUCUGUAGAAAAUGUUAUCCCACAAGAGCUACCUCCCAAAGAAUCCCCAAAGCCCAAGUUUCAAAAACCGCAUGUCGUUGUGCUCCCACAAGCAGAUGCGGCCGAUUCAGAAAUCGGCACUUUGACACCCAAGCUUGACGUUUCGCCAUGUCUGAAGAUGAGCAUUCUUAGGCAGAGUGAUGAUGCUGUUUGGAAUUCGGACGAUUAUAAUUCCAAGAACAAUAUACCUGGAAAAUCAAUUAUGGGGACGCUUAUCGGGGACAAGACAGCCAGAAACCCCCAUGGCCUGGAUCUAGCACAUACUUUGAUCAAAGGUCAGGAUAUGAAACUCAUAUACAUACGAGGGAAUGAUCUAGGAGAAACGUGGUUUAUCAACGAACAACCAGUCUUCCUGCAAUUCUUCCAUUGUGCCUAUCUUCCACAGUUCUAUCCUGCGAAAGAAUCUGAUCUUACGGCUAUGAAGCAAGAGUACGUAGCCGUAGGAGAGGAAUGGGCCAGUGUCGAGGCUCUCAAUCAGUUGGGGCUGUCUGUCAAAGGAAGAGAAGAAGGCAGGGUACUGUUGGAUCCAAGUACAACAUGGUCCAUGGUUAAAGAACUUGCCAUCACAACACUGCAACUAAGAAGCAUGCGGCAACGACGCAGUUACACAUCGACCUUCUACAACUCGAUAGACACUUUUCGACAGAAGCACUGCAGAGCAAUUCCGGAGCCGUUAGUUGUAGCUGAAUACCCCAAUAGCCCGCAUCGCCUUGCAUCGGAGUCCCAGACAAGGAUAGAUCUUGGAGGCGAGAAAGCCGACAUCUUCAAGUUCUUGGUGAAAGAAGAAGAGAACAUGGAGGAAAUCGCCACAAGUCAAAAGAAAGAAACAAAGGACACUCGGUCACAGCUCGCCAUAACACCGCCACCUUCACCACAACAGCCUUUUCCUCCUGAAAUUGAUACAAGUGAUAUGGGUUCGACAUUUACUUCAAGAUCACGCUUCUCCAGGUUCAUGAAACGCUAUACAUCUGGGCGUAAGCAUGAUCGAUUGUCACCGCCACUACAGGGUCAUGGUUCGAAAAGCAGCGACAGUGAACCAGUGGUAGAGGAGUUAGAAAACAAUGAUAAGAGACCAGCGACACCGGCGGACUCUGGAGUUGGAAGCUCGAUUAAAUGA